GCCAGCUCUUACCUCUUUAAGAAGCCGAGACGAGUGAGGGGAAAGCAAAACCUCGCCUUUAAUGACGACUCUGGAAGAUUUGAAACGAGCUGUCGAGGAGUAGCAAUCUGGCAGAAGCUGCAGAGAGGAGUAAGUUCAUCAUGAUCCCCUGAACCAACCAGGCGAGGAGAGUUUGCUGCAUCCUCGCUCCUCGCCUGGCCCUGCCACUGAUGAUCGUCGUCACCAUCUCUCCAGAGGAGGAGAAUCAAGACGCUGCUGCUUCUGCUGAGAGCACUUCCACUGGACCGCGGAAUUCUGCGUUGCAAGUUCGAGAGACACACUGCUGGAUACAUGCCGCGCUGUUAAAAAAAGAGGAAGACAAGCUAGGCGAGAAGGAAGGUGGAUGGGAAACCAAAGUUUUUAAUGUGCACAGUGCUCGACAAGCGUCUCACUGCCCCCACCGGGGGCGGGUCCGGGACGCAGGCAACAAAGCGAAGAAGCUCAGCACAAAUCUUGUAAGAUUUGAUGUUUUGGUGUUCUUGGGGAGUGGUACUUGUGCGUGGUGGCUGGCCUGCAGCCUGGGCACACACUAGAAGCAGAUUUCGUGAGCUUUGUCGCUCACCAACAACGCGGAAGAUCUUCGUCAAAAAGAGGUGCGAAGAAAGAACGAAAAAAAAAGUUUUAUACUUAUAGAGAGGAAGCUUGUCCUUCCUCUGACAACAAAAUGUGCGUAGAACCAUUGUUGCAGCUCUUUGUUUCUUUCAUUUUCUUACUAUUAUUAUUAUUAUUAUUU